GCGGGAGGAGCCGCACGGUGCGGCUGUGGCGGGCGGGCGCUCCGGCCCCAUGGGCAGCCGGGCGGCGGACGGCGCGGGCAGCGAGCGGCCCGCAGAUGGUGGUGCGGAAGCACUUGGUGAGGAAUCAGGGCGGUUUUCCAGGGAACAGCUAUUUACACUGGCUUCGGCAGCUUCUAUAAACCUCAGUUCAAUGAUGUGCUACUCAAUCCUGGGACCCUUUUUCCCUUUAGAGGCAAUAAAAAAAGGUGCCAGUAACACCAUUGUUGGCCUGAUUUUUGGAUGUUUUGCUUUGUUCAAUUUCUUGUCUUCUUUAAUCUUGGGAAAUUAUCUUACACGUAUUGGAGCAAAAUUCAUGUUUGUGGCAGGGAUGUUUGUUUCAGGAUGUGUGACCAUUCUGUUUGGAAUGCUGGACAAGGUGCCAAGUGGACCAAUGUUCAUUGGUUUUUGCUUUUUAGUAAGAGCAAUUGAUGCAGUAAGUUUUGCAGCAGCAAUGACAGCAUCGUUUUCGAUCCUUGCAAAGGCAUUUCCCACUAAUAUAGCUACUGUCCUGGGCAGCCUUGAAAUUUUCUCAGGACUCGGACUGGUGCUGGGCCCACCUUUAGGUGGCUUUUUGUAUCAAUCAUUUGGUUAUGAGGUCCCUUUCAUUACCCUGGGAUGUAUAGUGUUGGUUUUUGUGCCUAUGAAUAUGUGCAUAUUGCCAAAAUAUGAUUCAAUCCCUAGCAAGGAAUCCUUUUGGAAGCUUAUACUUCUACCAAAAGUCUUAGUACUCUGUCUCACUAUAUUUUCUCUAAGUGCAUGUUUGGGCUUUUUGGAUCCCACAGUAUCUCUAUUUAUUCUAAACAAGUUCAAGCUCCCAACUGGUUAUGUGGGCUUGGUGUUCCUUGGUUUGGCACUCUCGUAUUCCCUGUCUUCUCCCCUCCUUGGACUUGUAAGCGACAAACUGCCAUACACCAGAAAGUGGCUGCUGAUAGCUGGAGGCUUACUGACAGCACUGUGCUUUUUCAUGUUAGGACCUGCUCCAGUAUUGCACAUUGAAAGUCAGCUGUGGAUGUUUGUGCUAGUGCUGGUUUUGAUUGGCCUUUCCCUUGGCAUGAGUGCUAUUCCAGUGUUUCCAGAAGUACUGCAAUGUGCAUAUGAGAAUGGAUUUGAAGAAGGUCUGAGUCUGCUGGGGCUGGUGUCUGGACUCUUCAAUGCCAUGUGGUCUCUUGGGGCAUUUGCAGGUCCCAUUCUGGGAGGAUUUCUAAAUGAAAAGCUGGGUUUUGAAUGGGCUGCAGCCAUCCAGGGAGGAUGGGCACUGUUAAGUGGGCUUACAACUGGAAUAUUCUAUAUCAUCGAGGCAACAAGGAAAAGUUCCAGCCUGCAAAAUCCUCCUGGUAAUAAUGAAGAAAGAACUCAUCUUAUGGGCAGUGAAACAUAGCCAGACAUACUUUCAAUUCUCUGUUUACUAUUGUGGUUUAACCA